CCCCGGAAGUGCCCUGACCCCCACCAUGUCCGCUCCAUCUCUCCAGAACGAGGUGGACAUCCUGGACCCUCAGUUCCAGCAGCGGUUGGAAGAUGCUCGCACGCUGCUCAGGCAGGAGAUCCAGCGCGAGCUGAAGAUCAAGGAGGCGGCCGAGCGUCUGCGGCGCGCCGUCACCAACCGCAAGAGCGCCGCCGACGUGGAGGGUCAGCUGAAGGCGUCCAGCCGCAAACUGGACCAGCUGCACUGGGAGCUGCAGGAGCUGAACGCCAGGUCCAUGGGGACCGAGAGAGACAGCACCACAGGAAGCCUGGAAGAAGAAGAGGCUCAGUCAGCAGAGGCGUGUCAGUGGCAGGAUGUGAUGUCACCUGUGGCCGGGCGCGUCCGAACGCUGAAGAAACAACUCACCAUGGAAACCAAAGUCAAACAGGGCGCGGAGAACAUGAUCCACACGUACAGAUACAGCUCAGUGAAGGACAGGAAGAUGCUGUCCACGGCUGAGCAGAUGUUACAGGACAGUCGCACCAAGAUCGAGCUGCUGAGGAUGCAGAUCGUUAAAGUCAGUCAGGCCAGAGAGGACGAGCGAGACGGAACCAAGGGUCCGGCUGUGGAGCUGCCCCCCCCCGUGGAGCUGCGAGUGGCUGAGCUCAUGCAUCACAUGAAGAUCGAGUCGGCCGUCUCCGAAGGAGCGAAGAACGUGGUGAGGCAGCUGAGCGGGAGGAAGGUCCAGGACCGGAGGAUCGUGGCCGAGGCUCAGGCACGCAUGCAGGAGUCCUCUGAGAAGGUGGAUCUGCUGCGUCUGUCCCUGGAGAGACGUUUGGGCGAGCUGCCUCAGGAUCAUCCCAAACACGCUGUCAUCAGAGAGGAGCUGGCGUCUGGAACCUCCCUCUCCUACGGCACGCCCACGAAACCGUCCGGCGCCAUGUCCUCCUCCUCCUUCUUCAAACCCGCCAGUCUAACAGGGCGGUUGGAGGUUUGCCUGAUGGGCUGCCAGGACCUGCUGGAGGCGGUUCCAGGCCGCAGCCGCGUGACCAGCGUCCCGUCCGGUGCCGCAAGCGCCUCGGACGGGAAGUCUCUGAAGGUGAGAGCCGGCCUAUCAGGACGCAGCGCCAACGGGAAGAAGAGCCAGGCCGAGGAACUGUCCUCGGAGAUCAGCGCCGUGUUGAAGGUGGACAACCGGAUCGUAGGCCACACCCACUGGAGACAGCUGGGGAAGGAGGCCUGGGGCCAGAGCUUCAGCAUCGAACUGGAACGGUCCCGGGAGCUGGAGGUCGCCGUGUACUGGAGAGACUGGCGUGCGCUGAGCGGAGUGAAGUUCCUGCGCUUGGAGGAUUUCCUGGAUAACCAGCGACACGGCAUGUGUCUGCAGCUGGAGCCUCAGGGCAUCCUCUUCAUCGAGGUGACAUUUAUCAACCCGGUGAUCGAGCGGCGCUCCAAGCUCCAGAGGCAGAGGAGAAUCUUCCCAAAGGAAAAAGGGAAGGACUUCCUGCGUGCCGCUCAGAUGAACAUGAACUUCGCCACCUGGGGGCGUCUGAUGAUGAGCAUCCUGCCUCCCUGCAGCUCCCUGGAUUCCAUGAGUCCUCCGCUCGCCGGCCCCGCCCCCUCGUCCGCCGCCGCUCCUCAGUCGCAAGAAGCUGCUGUCGUGAAUCUAAACUUCUUCGAUGAUCAAGUUGCACGAUCUCCACAUCGCUCCAGAAGGAACAUUAAAGACUCUCUGCUGUCUCCACGUGAAAACAAGAGUCCGAAGAGACAAGCGUCCGUCCACCUGCCGUCUCAGACGGAUGAAGCGCUGCAGAUGGACGACUUCAACUGUAUUUCCGUCCUGGGACGAGGACACUUUGGAAAGGUGCUGAUGGCCGAGUACAAGAAGUCAGGGAAGCUGUACGCCAUCAAAGCUCUGAAGAAGGGAGACAUCGUGACCCGGGACGAAGUGGACAGCCUCAUGUGUGAGAAGAGAAUCUUUGAGGUCAUCAACACGUCUCAACACCCGUUCCUGGUGAACCUGUACGGCUGCUUCCAGACCGCCGACCACGUGUGCUUCGUCAUGGCCUACUCCUCGGGAGGAGACCUCAUGACGCACAUUCACACCAGCAUCUUCACGGAGAAACAAGCCCGGUUCUACUCGUCCUGUGUGCUGCUCGGCCUGGAGUUCCUCCACCAGAGACACAUCGUCUACAGGGAUCUGAAGCUGGACAACCUGCUGAUGGACGCUGACGGGUUUGUCAGGAUAGCAGACUUUGGUUUGUGUAAAGAAGGUAUGGGACACGGGGAUCGAACCUCCACUUUCUGCGGCACGCCGGAGUUUCUGGCUCCAGAGGUUCUGACCGACAACAACUACACCCGCAGCGUGGACUGGUGGGGGCUGGGGGUGCUCAUCUACGAGAUGCUGGUGGGGGAGUCUCCGUUCCCCGGGGACGAUGAGGAGGAAGUGUUCGACAGCAUCGUGAACGACGACGUGCGCUUCCCUCGCUUCCUGUCUCCAGAGUCGGUGUCUCUCGUCCAGAAGCUGCUGCAGAAGAAUCCUGGGACCAGACUCGGAGGUGGAGAAGAAGACGCUGCUGAAAUCAAAAGACACAGAUUCUUCCAGGGAACGGACUGGGACGCUCUCCUGGCCAAGAAGGCGAAGCCGCCGUUCCUGCCGGUGAUCCGGGCGCCGCAGGACGUGAGUAACUUCGACGAGGAGUUCACGCGCCUGAAGCCGGUUCUCACGCUGCCCCGGACGCCGUGCGUGCUCACCGCCGAGCAGCAAGACAUCUUUGCCGACUUUGACUUCUCGUUCAUGAGAUGACCACCGGAUGGCGCCCUCCUCCCUCCAGCUGCCGCGUCAUCGACACUGAAGCCUACACAUCUGGAUCGCCCCCUGGUGGCGGGCUGUGGUAUACUUCAUACACAUCAGGAUUGAGAGCGUGUGUGGGCGGGACCUUGACACCACGACUCAUGAAUCACUACUGCACAGACUCUGACUGCAAAGGACAUCACCACCACCAGAUGGCAGCGUUCCUAUCUGAGAUAUUGUGUCUGGACAGUGGAAGACGUGUCGGCCAUCUUUUAUUACAGUCAGUGGUCGUCAUGCGCUCUGAAACAUGACUCAGCGUUUACUGCCGUAUAUAUAUAUAUAUUACACUCACUCACUCAUAUCAUGUCGUCCAUCUUUAUUCCGUCUCACUGAACAGUUGUUUUCUUUUGGGAUGUAAAAGUCUGGGAGAUUGUUAUUUUAAAAUGUUUCUCAGUGAUUUUUCUUUUUAAUAUAAUAUUACGAAAACUGUAAAGUGUAAAACUACAUGAAGCAAAUCUGAAUGAAUAAAUUGAAUUCAUCAAACA